CCAACAAUAUAUAAGCUCCAAAAAUUUUCAUGGCACGCCCCCGACGUCGUGCGUACGUGCGCGCGUGGCACUAACCUAACAAUGGACACCGGGCGGUCGAUGUCGAAGCUUCAGAGGUCGUCGGUGUCGUUCCGGCGACAGGGCUCAUCGGGCCGCAUCUGGAACGACCCGCACAGGGCCCUCGACCUCAAGCAGGGCCUCUCGCCGACGGCCGCCGCUGCCGUCGUCUCGCCGCUGGCGCCGUCGCCACGAGCCGCGUCGUCGUCGCUCUCGUCGCCCCGCUCGCUCUCGUCGCCCCGCUCCUUCCGCUAUACUCACGACGACGCUGGUGACGACGGCGGCAACGGAGGCGGUGGCGGCGACGACGACAUCCCGGAGAGCCCAGAAUCGGCGUUGUCGACUCCGACGGCGGCGGCAUUGUCGACUCCGGCGGCGGCGGCAUUGUCGAUUCCGGCGGUGGCAGAAGAAGAACCGGCAGCCAUGGUCGCCGAUGACGGGGAGGCGGACGACGACGGCACGCCCAGGUCGGAGAGGCGCAACCGGCGGCGGCGGAGGAUCUCGUCGGCGUUCUGCGCGUGCAUGGGCCAUCCGCCCACCUCCCAUGCGCAGCAGUAGAGAGGAGGCUGUAUAUAGGGUAAACGAGUACAUGCACACAUUUUACGUGUAACGUGCACGCACAUAAAAGAGGUUGUACACGAGCUAUAUAUACGGUUGGCAUGUGCCAUGACAUUUCUAUUUUGUUCUUUUAUGUCGAUGUGCAUACGCAUCUCUCGUGAAUAUAUUUAUGUAAGCGGGACAGAAAUAAUACCUCUCAUUUCAUUUUACAAGAUGUUUUAGCCAUUUU